AUGGGAGCCUCUUGUCUCUCUUCUUUCGACGGAAACGAAGCAUUUUCUGUCCCUCAUAUAUUUGGUCUACUAUCAUUGCAUCGUUCAACUCAAUUAAAUUACUUCUGUAAGUGGCGUGUUGUUGUGAAUGAUUUUAGUAAGAAUGGUUCUUGGAGAAUUAUUCAAGGAGAGACGCGAGGUCAGACUCAGGUUCACGCUGCUUCAAAUGGUGGCAGUCUUGCCAUGCCAGAUCUUUACCGCCAAAACGAAAAUAAAAUUCUAUUGUCUAAAAUGAACACUGUAUGGGCACAUCCUAUUGAUCUACAUUUCGCUAUUCCAAAUGAAGACGUGUGGGAGUGUUGGCCUCGAUUUGAAUUUCAGGUGUGGAGCUUAGACGCUAAUUAUUCUAAUACCUUAUGUGGAACUGCAGCUAUACCGAUCCCUCUGGUCGCCGGAGAGUAUGUACUAGACGUGCCACUUGUUCUUUCUGAAAAUCAAACACUGUUGUGA